GGGAAAACUGUUGGGCAGCUUGCCAAACGCUCGUAUAGAGGCCAGACGCGAGGAAAAGUCUGCUUAUCGAUUACGCACGUAACACAUUUGCCCCACAGUCGAAGAGCAAAAGGUUCAAGAAAUCCACCGAGCCAAACAUUAUUUUUGCUGCCGAAUGAUAAUGGAGAUGAUAAUGAGGCUGUAACUGGGCCACAAGAGACCAGACCGAAAGGAAGUGCCAGUCAAGAGCGGAAAACCAGCAACCAGAGUGGGUAGGGACCAGAGGAGGAGCAGACAGGACCAAACAGCAGACACCAUCCGAGUUCGAGGAACCGGCGGACAAUGAAUCCCUACACAGCGGGCGGCGGAGGAGGUGCCGGUGGCGGAGGAGCCAAUCCCUUUGGAGCUCCGGCCGGAGGAGCAGGAUUUGGCCAGCAGGGCUACGCCUACGAGCAGCAGGCAACAGGUGGCUACGACCAGGGAAUGAACUAUGGCAAUCAGCCGCAGCAGCAGGCAGCCGGAUACGGACCACCUGGAGCCAGACCACGGGUGGAUGUGGAGGCCAGUGGCGAGGUGGAUCCCAAUUUAUAUCCUGAGGCCAAGGAUUCAACGCACAAAGUUCGCGGCCACUCGGACAUCCUGGAAAUGUUCUUCGGGGCGAGCACGGAGCGUGAGCUGAUUCCCGUGAAGAGUUUCUACUUCUUCUUCUACGCCGCCUUUGGAUCACUGUUCCCGCUGAUGGGCGUGUACUUCAAGCAGAUGGGCAUGAAUCCGGGCCAGUGUGGAAUCCUGGUGGGCAUGCGGCCCUUUGUCGAGUUCCUCUCGGCCCCGUUUUGGGGCUCCUAUGCGGAUCGCUGUCGCCAGGGCAAGAGGUUGCUACUGGGCUCACUGGCCUGCUGGGUCCUAUUCACCAUUCCGCUGAGCUUCAUCCGGCCGGAGGCUAUAAACUGCAUCGAACGCCGGAAUGCCACCGACUUUGUGCUGACAUACACUCGAACCAAACGCGAUCUGUCGGCCCAGUAUGUGCCGGAGCAAUUGGAUCUGGGAGCAGGGACCAUGCCAGCGGAUGAGGCUCUGGAGGAGGCAGAGGCAUCCCACAGCCGGCACAAGAGAUCCCUGCUCCUGCCCAGGAUCGAUGCGGGCAUCUCGCCGGUCCACAUCAACUUUGUGAGCAACUACGAUGAUAAGUACCACCGGGACUACGUGACGCCCAUCUUUAGUUCCAUGGUUUACAGGACUCCGGAUAUCCAAAAGGCCUUCUUCCUGCUGCUGCUGGUGAUCCUCAUUGGCGAGUUCUUCAGCGCCCCGGCGAUCACUUUGGCGGAUUCGGCCGUGAUCACGUUGCUGGGCGAGGAUGCGGACAAGUACGGACAUCAGCGGAUGUUCGGGUCAUUGGGCUGGGGCAUCUCCAUGUUCCUGGUGGGCAUCGCCCUGGACCACUCCACCUCAUUCUCGAACCACCCGUGCGGGGCCGGCAACAAGGAGAAGAACUACAACAUCUGUUUCUCCAUCUUCUCGGUGCUGAUGACGUGCGCGAUAAUCUCCGCCUCGAAGAUCACCUUCAAGUACGACCCGGUGGACGAGCAGAUGGCGACGCAGCAGCAGGCGCAGUUCGUGGACCCCAACAAGCGGGCCGAGGAGGAGUCGAUGAACCAGUUGGCGGCCCAACUGAACCUGCCAUCGCUGGCCGUUGGUAGCGGCAGUGCCGCUUCGGGUGCCGGUGCCGGUGGCGUCAGUAGCUUCCUGGCCGCCGGCCAUCAGCCACAGCCGCACAUUGGGGCCGAGUCCAAGGUCUUCGCCCAGACGGCCAAGGAACUGCCCGAGUGGAUGACCGUGCUGACCCAUUUUAAAGACCUGAAGACCGCCUCCUUCCUGUUCGUUGCCUGGUUCAUGGGCUUUGGCAUUGGCCUGAUCUUCACCUUUCUGUUCUGGCAUCUGCAGGACUAUGGCGGCACUCCCACCCUCUUCGGUGUGGCGUCUGUCAUCAAUCACGUGUCCGAGAUAUUUGCCUACUUCUUCAGCUUCCGUCUGAUCACCCAAAUCGGUCAUGUCAAGGUCUUGUGUCUGGGAUUGAUAGGUAAUGUGCUGCGCUUCCUCUAUAUUUCGUACCUGACCAAUCCGUGGAUGGUGCUGCCCUUCGAACUGAUGCAGGGCAUCACCCAUGCGGCCGUGUGGGCCGCCUCCUGUUCGUACAUUGCCCACAAUACCCCCAAGCAUCUGCGAGCCUCGGCUCAGGGCGUCCUCCAGGGUAUCCACCACGGAUUGGGGCGUGGCUGCGGCGCCAUCAUUGGCGGCAUGUUCGUCACCUACUACGGUACUACUACUACCUUCCGCUGGUACGGCAUCGCCUGCCUCUUCGUUCUCGGCUUCUUCAUCUUCGUCAACUUCUACCGCAAGGAGCAGGGCUUCAUCUCCGAAAUACCCGUCACCGAGGAUCCGCAUCAGGUGGCCGAGGAGACUUCGCAUUUGGCUCCUCAUGGGGUUCCAAGCAAUCCAAUUCCACGGGCUCUGUCCAAUUCGCGUCUGAACGAGAUGAACCCGAACGGAGGACCCUAUGGCACCUACCAGACCACUGGCGGCAAUCUGGACAUUCCCGGAGCCAAUCAGCACAAUCCAUUCGCUCAGUAAACGGGGACACCCAGUAGUCGGCUCACUCAGGCCAUCUUCACACUCAUAGAACUAAAACGAACAAAGUAUAACCGCAAACAUAUCUUGGACAUUGGCCUGCAAUAUGAAUUGCAUAACUGCAUUGCUUUAUUUUGAUUUGUUGGGCAGUCAACAUACGAUCUACACAUAGCAUAGCAUAUACAUAUACACAUAUAUAUUUUAUAUAGGACAUGCCACAUAGCCAGCAUAAAUGUUCCGUAUGAGUUAGAUUGGUUACAGUCGAUGGAGUGGGGUAAAUCGAAACGAAUUUUCACAUAGCAGCUUAGCAAUAUAUAUAGGGCAAUAUAUGUGUGCGUACGGAUAGAUGUAUAUAUAUAUUGUGCCGAUCUAUAAUAUUUAUAGGCCUUUUUUAUAUCAGUUGCAUGGCGCCGGGCGGAUAUUAUCCUCACGGUUUGUUUUUCUUUUCUAUUUAAAAACAUGCAGAGUUUGUUGCCUGCUUUUGGGCGAUCACCAAGCAAAUCACACAUACGCAUGGGUUACCCCCCGAAUCACACAUAAAGUACCUAUACAUCUAUGCAAAUAGCAACAGCAAACAGAGAUUGAAAACAUAACAAAAGAAAAACACCAAUAAAAUGUGAAUACGGGGCGUUUCAAGGCUACAGGACAUCGGGAAGCAGUGCGAGCUGCUUCGUUUAGCCGCAGUUGAUUAUGACUAUGAUGUUCACCAUACUAUUUUAUAGUAUUAAUUUAGAUUAUCCCUUGUCUUAUGGCUUUGAAACGCACCGUAUGGGUUUCCCAAUAAGUUAGGGGAGUUCUUGUAAAGGAAA